AGGAAUCGAUUUUAUCAAUUCACUUAUAUUACACUGGUUGCAGUGGGAUAUUGGAUUUUUAUUUUUCAAAUUUGUCCACAUUUGCCUUGCGACGAUGUGGCUGAACAUCACAAGACUGUUACUGCUUCUAUGAUAUUGACCAAUCUAUUAUUCUUUACCCUUCUUUCCUAUAUCGAUCCAGGCGUUAUAAAUAAGCGCAAUCAUGAUCGAUACACGAAAAUGUAUCGUUAUGAUGAGCAACUUUAUUCCAAAAAUCGUUGUACAUCAUGCGAUUUUAUUAAACCUGCAAGAUCCAAGCAUUGCACCUAUUGUAACCAUUGCGUGGCAAGAUUUGAUCAUCAUUGCGUAUGGGUCAAUAAUUGCAUUGGGCGAAGGAAUAUCGCAUAUUUUAUUGGAUUGUUGAUAUCAUUACUAACUAUAUGUAUUUAUGGUACGAUUAUUAUUUUUCGAAUAUUCUGUUGUAUUGUGGAUAAGCAAAAGAUAUUUCUAGCUGCCUAUGUCGAUCCAAUUUCUGGAGAAUUGAAAUCUAUGACGUUAUCAGUCGUUUGUCAACAUCUCUUUAUGGAGUAUCCUUUAAUAGCACUAUUACUAACUACUCUUUUUAUGCUCAUUUUUGCACUAGGAGGAUUUACUAUCUUUCACAUUUAUUUAAUAUUUCGUAAUAUGACAACAAAUGAAUAUUACAAAUAUAAGAAAAUGGGAAUUCCAUCACGUAAACAUUUUUAUUCUGAGGGUAUUGUCUAUAAUAUUUUUCAUUCGCUUUCGUCAAGGUAA